AAUGGCAACCUUAUCCCGAGGUUUCGACAUAACUGAGUUAGCGUAUUUCUUGGCACAUUUCUUUGCUCAUCCCUUCCUUUUGCACUUUACUCUUUCCCUAUCCCAAUCCUAAUCCCACACUACUCAAAUACAUUCCUGGACUUUACUCCUAAACGGCAGGAUUCUUAUUCUUUUACUGUUUCACAUUAACAAUUGUCAUUUUUAUAGCGAUUCCUUUGAAUUGCUUAUGAAUUGAUUUGAUUACCUUCUAGAGUCCGUUUCAUAGAAAUUUGCCUCCAUCCUCAUUUGCUCCGUGUCCAAUACAACAAUUUGGAUCUUAAAUUUGCUUUUCCUUCACAAAUAAACUCAUCGAGUUUCUCUACUUUUCUCGUAUUGAAUCCAAUUCGUUUGCUUCCUUCUUUCUACUUUUGUUUCCAUUUGUUUUACCGUUUCCGUUGCUUCAAGUUUGUUCGCCUCAAAGCUUUGAUAAUUUUACAUACUUGCUCCUUUAAUCUUUGCUUAUUAGCUCUUCUCAACGUCUCCAUGUUACUCCAAAUUAUCUCCGGUAGAAUUUCCUACACAAUAGAUAUUCAUCCUGAUACUCCAAUCGGGGAAAUUUUUGACCUUUUAUCCCGCCAAGGAAUCCUUCCCGAUAAUGCAAAACUGCUUUACAGUUUCUAUUACCAUGGUGCUCCUCUCAGUAUGAUAUUGACUUGUAAAGAUUAUGGAAUUUCUCAAGAUUCUGUCAUUUGCCUUUCCCCUUUGUCUUCAUCCUCUCUGGACCGCUCUGUUUUUGAAGACACUUCUCCCGUGUCGUUUUACCUAAGCGUGGAACCUAUGAAUCCUUCGCAAUCCUCUUCCAUAUCCGCUUCAGCAUAUACGACUGCUAUUCCUCCUUCAGCAUCUUAUGAAUCAAAUUCCGUCAAGCCAGCUGCUUCUCCCUCUUCCUCCCACUCCUUCCGAAGACGCUGUUCGCAUCCUACUUGUACCAAGAUGACGCUUCGCUUGACUGGUCACUGCUUGCACUGUGACUUGGGUUAUUGCGCUGCCCAUCGACUUAUGGAAGAUCAUGAUUGCAGUGCUCUUAAGAACUUACGGAAAGAAGAGCAUGAAAGGAAUCGUUUAAAACUCGAGAAAGAACACUGUGAUGGUUUAAUUAGUAAAGUAUAAGUUGGACUCAUAAUUCUGCUUUCACUGCCAAGUCAGAUUCUUCUUACCCGCAAUGAUGGAUCUUUGCUUCGUGCUUUUUGUUUACAGCUUCUUGAUCCCUAAAUCUUGUUGAACAAGUAUAUGAUUAAUGAAAAAUUUAAUUCUUUUAAUGAACUUUCAGUAAUAUAAUCCUAGUGUUUAUUUAUUGUCCUAAUAUUUUUAUGAUCGGUUGUCUUCGUGUCUGCGUCCACGGCUUUUCUGAGUUAGCCCUUGCUUCUACUUUUUCUGCUUUUAAAUUUAUUUCUAUUAUAAUUCCUUUUUGCUUCUGAUUUCUAGCAGCAUACCUUAACCGUACUUUUUAUCACCUUGCUUUGUCUCUAUGCUCUCGAGUCAAAAAAACGACUUUUGUUUAAAACGAGUUUCUUUUGUUUGUGUAUUCAAUUUUCCUGUUUCAUUCCUCUUUUCUUUGACACAUAUCUACAUGGACGAAACAUAUAUGUUUCUUAUUAUCAUAGUCCGCAUUCCAUACUUCAGAGAACAAAAUACAAACGACUUUUUUAGUUGGUUCAACAGUUGCCAAUUUCCAUUCUUAUAUUCCCAACAUUCUAAGUACUUGGAAAGUUGCUGUUUUCCUUUAAGGUAUUUUCAACAAUAGAACAGAUUGUUUCCAUAGUUCUGAAUAAAUAUUCAAUCAGACAAUUGAAUACAUGUAUGAAUCAAUGAUUCCUCCCUCC